GCGCUGUCAGGGCGUCAGCGCCGGCGGCUCCGCGCGGCCGGCCGCGAGCGCGUCCCUUACCGCAGACAGGCACCGGGGUCCGGGACCGCAUCAUUACCAUGGGCACUGUUUGCUUUGCGCGGCGCUGCUGUUUGCUCUUCGCCCUCUCCUGGGCCGGCAGGUUGGCGGCGGGCAGCGGGAGCGCAGAUGUUGAUGAGUGCGCAGAAGCUACAGAUGACUGUCACAUCGAUGCCAUUUGCCAAAACACACCAAAAUCCUACAAAUGCAUCUGCAAGCCGGGCUAUAAGGGUGAAGGGAAACAAUGCGAAGAUAUUGAUGAGUGUGAAAAUGAUUUCUACAAUGGGGGUUGUGUCCAUGAGUGCAUCAACAUUCCAGGCAAUUACAGAUGUACAUGCUAUGAUGGGUUCAUGUUGGCCCAUGAUGGCCACAACUGUCUUGACGUUGAUGAGUGUCAGGAUAACAAUGGAGGGUGCCAGCAGAUUUGUGUAAAUACUAUGGGCAGCUAUGAAUGUCAGUGCAAAGAAGGCUUUUUUCUGAGUGAUAACCAGCACACCUGCAUCCAUCGUUCCAUUGAGGGUAUGAACUGUAUGAACAAAGAUCAUGGGUGUGCACACAUCUGUCGGGAGACGCCCAAAGGUGGGGUUGCCUGUGAAUGUAGGCCUGGCUUUGAACUUGCCAAAAACCAGAAGGACUGCAAAUUAACCUGUAACUAUGGGAAUGGAGGCUGCCAGCACACCUGUGAUGACACUGAUACUGGUCCUGUGUGUGGUUGUCAUCAGAAGUAUGCCCUGCAUUCAGAUGGACGAACCUGCAUUGAGAAGGAUGAGGCUGCAAUUGAGAGUUCUGAGUACAAUGCCACGUCAGUAGCUGAUGUGGACAAGCGGGUGAAACGGCGGCUACUUAUGGAAACAUGUGCUGUCAAUAAUGGAGGCUGUGAUCGGACUUGCAAGGAUACUGCGACAGGGGUACGAUGCAGUUGCCCAGUUGGAUUUACCCUGCAGCCUGAUGGGAAAACGUGCAAAGAUAUUGAUGAGUGCUUGGUAAACAAUGGUGGCUGUGACCAUUUCUGCCGGAACACAGUUGGCAGCUUUGAAUGCAGCUGCCAGAAAGGCUAUAAACUACUCACAGAUGAACGGACCUGUCAAGAUAUAGACGAGUGUUCCUUUGAAAGGACCUGUGAUCACACCUGCAUCAACUACCCUGGAAGCUUUGAAUGUCUCUGCCAUAAAGGCUACACCUUGUAUGGACUGACGCACUGUGGAGAUAUUGAUGAAUGCAGCAUCAGCAAUGGCAGCUGUGACUAUGGGUGUCUGAAUACAGUUGGAAGCUAUGAGUGUGUCUGUCCACUCGGAAAGAAACUGCACUGGAAUAAAAAGGACUGCGUUGAGAUGGUGAAAUGUCUCCCAAAUGCCAAACCAGCUCCCCAGACUCAACUAGUGUGUAGUAAGACGGGAGGAAUAGAGAGCUGCUUCCUAUCAUGCCCCUCCAAUACCCUUUUUGUUCCAGAUUCGGAGAACAGCUACACGUUGAGCUGUGGUGUUCCUGUCCAGCAAAGCAAGGCUCAGCAGAAGAGCAAUGCCACCCUUCCCAGCUGCGCAGAUUCCUUAGCCCCUCCAAUCAAGCAGAAAGCUCGUUUUAAAAUUAAAGAUGCAAAGUGCCACUUACGGCCCCGCAGCAAGGAAAAAACAAAAGAUGCUGGGAAGCAGGCUGUGUUAGGAGGUCAAUUCCCUUGUACAGACAACUGCCAGGUGACUUUUGUGAAUCUCAAGUGUGAUUCCUCCAAGAAAAAGCGCCGGGGCCGCAAGUCACCAUCAAAAGAAGUGUCCCACAUCACUGCAGAGUUUGAAGUGGAGAUGAAGUCAGAAGAAGUCUCAGACACCUGUAACAUUGACUGUGUUCGGAAAAGGAUGGAGCAGAAGCUGCAAACUGCAAUCAAAACAUUGAGGAAAUCUAUUAAUAAACAGCAAUUUUACAUUCAGUUUUCUGGGACAGAAUAUGAAGUGGCUCAGAAGCCAGCUAAAGCUACUGAAGGGCAUGAAGCUUGCAGUACAGGGCAAGUGCUGCAGGAUGGGAAAUGUGUUACCUGCAGCACGGGCACCUUUUAUAGUGGAGAACAUAAUCAGUGCGUUCCUUGCUCACCAGGAACAUACCAAGACACAGAAGGUCAACUUACCUGUGAGCCUUGCCCAAGUAAUGAUGGACAGGGAGUAGCGGGCGCCCGGAAUGUGUCAGAAUGUGGAGGGCAGUGUUCUCCUGGACACUAUUCAUCAGAUGGUUUUAAACCUUGUCGAGUCUGUCCUCUCGGUACAUAUCAGCCUGAACCAGGAAGGACGCUCUGCUUUCCAUGUGGUGGAGGGCUUGUGACCAAGUACGAAGGUGCUGUUUCUUUUCAAGACUGUGAAACCAAAGUUCAUUGCUCUCCUGGACACUACUACAACUCCACUACGCACAGAUGUAUCCGAUGCCCUGUAGGAACUUACCAACCUGAGUUUGGUCAAAACUACUGCAUCACCUGCCCUGGGAACACAAGUACAGACUUUGAUGGCUCCACUAAUGUUACACACUGUAAAAACCAGCACUGUGGAGGAGAACUUGGUGAUUAUACUGGCUAUAUUGAAUCACCCAACUAUCCUGGAGACUACCCAGCUAACGUUGAAUGCAUUUGGAAUAUAAAUCCACCCCCAAAGAGGAGAAUACUCAUUGUUGUGCCUGAGAUAUUUCUCCCAAUAGAAGAUGAAUGCGGUGAUGUUUUAGUAAUGAGGAAAAGUGCUUCUCCUACUUCAAUUACUACAUAUGAAACGUGUCAGACUUAUGAGAGACCUAUUGCAUUUACUUCAAGAUCAAGGAAGCUAUGGAUUCAGUUCAAGUCAAAUGAAGGCAACAGUGGCAAAGGAUUUCAAGUUCCUUAUGUGACUUAUGAUGAGGAUUACCAACAACUAAUAGAAGAUAUUGUUCGAGAUGGACGAUUAUAUGCAUCAGAAAAUCAUCAAGAAAUUCUAAAGGACAAGAAACUGAUUAAAGCUUUGUUUGAUGUGUUGGCACAUCCACAGAACUAUUUCAAGUACACAGCGCAAGAGUCAAAAGAGAUGUUUCCAAGAUCAUUUAUAAAGCUAUUGCGAUCAAAAGUUUCCCGAUUUCUACGACCAUAUAAAUAGUGGUAUUCAGUUUGAGGUUCUUUUGCAUUCCUGUUGAAUAUCAUCUUUCUUCCGUAGUAGAAACAUUUGGUAAUUUAAAGGCUCUUUUUCUGCAGCCUUUAUUUUCAAUUGUAUAUUGAAGAAUACUUAUAAUGCUUCAUAAUCAUUAAACACCAAUGUUCUGAGUGGGCUUUUUACUGCAGAAAAAAUACUGUGGAUCCUUGAGGGCAUCUAUUUGAAGAUCAAAACUUGUAUCUGCACUUGUGCAUCUUCACUUUCCAUUUGAAACUACAUUAUGUAAAAAAAAUCUUUCUACUUGUUUUAUUUUCCACCAAAAAUAAUUUCCUGCAAAGCAAAGAAGGCAUCUGUUCAAAUCUGAUGGAACUACCUACCAAUAGGUUCUGUUGAAGUAAGAGGUAUGGAGCAUGAAUAAGGUUUGGAUUUUGAAUUGCACUUGAAGUUUAGAAGAAAACAAAACAAUCUAAAUUGUGUUACUUCUCAUUUGUGGCUUAGUGGAACCUCUGACCAAUUAGAAAUCAAAAGGGAAGAAAAAGGAGUAAAAGAAAAGAAUCAGAUGUAUCAUUUUGUUUUAUGAAUUCUGUACAAUUGAGUGCCAUGCUGUGUGCUUAUGUUUUUGUCUGUCCUCUUCUACACUUCUUCAGAGGGUUGCCACUGUACGUUACUGCAUUGGAAUGGAUCAAGCUAUGGAAUUCUAUCCAUCGGUUGGUCCCUUUGGAGGCAGUUAUGAUAGAACAGAUGAGACAGGAACAACACCAACAGAAGUUGUAGUCUGUUUUUCUUUCCGUUAAUAGAGCAUCUAAAUGAGUACAAUAUAUAAAUAUAUAUAUACUUCUAUUUGUGGGUACAUUAGUAAUGUUAUCUUUAGUUACUGUAAAUAUUAUUCAUGCUUAAAUCUUUACUCCCACACGCUAUAACUAUUUGUAACUUUGCUUAGAUGAUCAAAUGACUUCUCCAAGUGCUUGUCACUUCCAUUAAGACAAACCCUUCUGGAGUCCUUCUAACACAGGAUAAUGGUUUACUAGGGCAUUCUCUUUUAACACAUUAUUCCGAGAAAAAUAGCAUCAGUUUAGAUGUGACUGCUGGCCGGGAAGGGGGCAGUUAUUGUCUCUUGCUUGGGUACCCCACACAGCAGACCAACGGUUACCUGAGGACAGAACACUUGUGAGGAGUUCACCAAAGAGGAUAUUUUUUUCAGAUCUGCCAUCCCUGAACUGCUGGGGACAUACCUCUGCCACAGGCCCAAACUGCAAGGGAACAGUGCAGGAACACAGUUUUGCAGCCCAGUUUGAUGAGUUGGAGGAUGGGUGCUGCAAGCAGAGGCUUGGAGUCACUGUGCCCAUCAGCUGCUGGGAUUAUGCAGUCUGUAAGAGAGCAUUAACCUUGUGGUCAGGUUCUCCUCACAGCAAGACACAUAACUGGGGUCUCAGAUGAUGAUAAAACCCAUGUUUCCUCCUGUUUUCUGGCACAAGGGCUAAUUUCACAGAAUCACAGAAUUCAGUGAGAGAGUAGCUGUUUUUAUUGGCAUUUCAGCUUCUUUAUUUUUAAGUAAGUCCCUUCCUCUUUUGUAUCAUUUCCCUUCUGAUCCCACAAGAUUAUGAUGUGCAUAAAUUAACUCUCAUGCCAACAUCCUUUCAGAAAGACAUGUGUAACUGGUUUUUUUUUGUGGGUUUUUUUUUUUUCAUAUCUAUCUUGUAGUUCAAAAUACCCUUGGAUGCUCUCAAAGAAAGUAUUUGGGGUAGAUAAGGCCAACAAUUGUACUUCUUACACUUUUUUUUUUUUUUUUUUUUUUUU